AUGAAGCUCUCAGCUGGAUGCAGAACAAGCUCAACGUCAGACAGGAAGAGUCUACUUGUAAAGCCAAUGCAAUUUCAGCAACCCUUAACUAGAACACGAGUUUUGUUGAGAGUAUACCAAAUCGAUGCAGAUGUUCAUGAACUUCAUAUCGUCUCUUGCAUUGGCGAAUUUAAUGUCUUGUUAAACCUUAAUGGUUCAGAUCAGGUGAAACUAGAACCACCGGACUGGCCGGAUGGAUUACUUGCAAUUGGGACUUUCGGGAGAAGUGAUUUCAGGGGUAGCAGGGAAAACCACAAUCGCCAAGAGAAAUCAUUUUCAUCCGAAGAUUUGUUGGAUUUUACUCCAGAGGAAGUUGGAAACCUACAGAUAGAGCAAACCAAGCUUUUGUACCUUAAAUCAAGCAGCGAAACAGACAAACAUGUCAUGGACCUCCUGCUGGAUAGAUUCCUCAGCUGUCCCUCGAGCUUGGAGGUGGACCUCAGAAUCAGCAGUUCGCUUCACAGUGAUUUAGAUGACUAUGAUGAUGAAGAGAUCGAUAUUGAGCGGACCAUCAGUGUGAUACUUCGUAGAUGCGAGGAAAUGUGCGCAAAUAGUAACAAGAAGGCAAGUGGUUAAAAGUCAUCAUCUUUCCUUAUAAAGAAGAAAUUUGUCAGCAGAAGUGGAUUUAUGCCAGCACCCAGUUUGAGAGGUACACUUCAAGAAUCAAGGAUGGAGAAGGUCUGUCCUUUAAUCAAUACUUAAAAGUUUCUGCAUCAAAACCAUGAAUUGAACUUUACGGUCAUUAGAAAUUCAUGGAUUAUAGAUAAUGUAACACUCUCUAGUCUUUGUCACAACUUCGCACGCCAGAUGGUGUAGCGUUUACCUACCAAAACAUAACCUCUCCUACUCAAGGUCCAAUUUCAUAUUUGUCUAAGUUGCCAUUUAAGUUGGCUUCUAGAUGUGAUACUUAGUAAGAGAUUCUU